CUAAGGUGUAAUGACAUUUUCAACCGUCUCUGAUUUGCCUAUUUCUUCACUGAAAAUAAGUUUGAAUGAUCCUGGUGUACAAUAAAUUGCAGAAUGCGCGAGGAUUCUUUCUGAGCGACUUGAGAUAACCUGAUAAUGCUUUUGCCGAAUUAGAAAGAUGAUGAUGUGUGUGACCGGCGCCAAGGUUCAGUUUCGGUGUUUUGUGGGGAAAAGAAAUGAAUGAGCAGAAAAAGUGGCGCGGGGGAAAGGGGUGAGGAGGGGGGAGGUUGUCGCCCACCUUUUUUUUUACACUAUUUACCUCCUUGAAGACCGCGGCGUUCGUUGCUUGUCAUCGGGAUUUCGGUCUGAAUGAUAAGAUUUUAUUAUGGCAUCGGAACCAAAGUUUCGUGAGUGAUGUCUGGGGACGUGCAUUACCCGGGCUGGUGCUGUCGUCAGAUUGCGGCACAGCUCAGCCAAGCUCUCUUCACAAUGGCUGAUUUACAUGCCCAAGUCUCUGACUUAAGGGAGGAAAAUCGGCAAUUGAAAAUCAAGAUAGAGAGUAUUGACAUCCAAACACCUCAGGAGGAUGUUUCUGCUAUCAGAAGACCCCUGGCUAAAAAGGCAACCUUGGAUCCAAGUCCUAUUCCCAUAAUAUCUUCAAAUUCAACUAGUAUUCAAAAAGAUUUUGACCACCCACCAGGGACUUUCAAGCAAGAACUCCAACUGAUAAAUCCAGUUGAGACUCCUAUCAAUAGGGAAGUAGAUGGAGCUGAAGAAAAAGUUGAUUUGAAUGGCCCAUUGAAGCAAAUUUCUGAUGAAAGGGCUGGAGAGGCUUCAGAUGCAACUUUGUCUCAUUCUGGUGGAGACUUAAAAUGCGAAAAAUGUGAAUGUGCCUUUCCGAACUCUGACCUUUUAACUACACAUCAAGCUGUUCACUUUGGACGAAGUUUUCAUAUUUGCAAAGUAUGUAAUGCUAUGUUUCUGCUCAAAGCAGAUCUCUACCGACAUUGGACCACUCAUCCAAAUAUCAAGCAGCAUGUUUGUCAGUUGUGUGGAAAGGCAUAUACAUCAAAAAAUAAUUACAAACUGCACGUCAAAACUCACACUGGUGAGGGAUUAUAUCCUUGUGAAGUAUGUGGCAAAGCAUUUCAUUCAGAAAAUCACUUGAAUGUUCAUCGCAGGAUCCACACUGGUGAGCGUCCUUUUGAAUGUCAGUAUUGUGAAAAAUCCUUUACUCAAAAAUCUGGUUUGAUUAAUCAUACCAGACUUCAUACUGGUGAGAAACCCUUUUUGUGUCCAUCUUGUCCCAAGGCUUUCACCCAAAAGUCAAAUCUGAACUUCCACUUAUCUAAACAUCAUCCAGUUCCGGGCAAUAUUUCAUCUAAUUAGUGUUUAUUAGGUGUUGAUGAAUACCUCACUUGAUACCUCAUCAUAGUGUUAGCGACGUUUGAAGUUCUACAAGACUGUUGUAUGUUUCUCAUUAAUGUUAAGUUUGAUGAUAAUUGAGGAGUGCUGGUAAAUCUCAAUAGUUAAAAGAUUCUCAUUUCCUUUGUUUUCUUUUCAUUUGAGCUCUUCCGCCUCAAGUAAAUUUCAAGUUGUGUGUGUUAUGAAUCACAUAAGAUGUGCCAUAUUCAAUCAAUUGAUUGUUGCAUUUUUUCUGGUUGAAUUUUUUCUGUUUUUUCAUGUGUUUGUAGAGCAGAUAUUCAGAAGUACAAAGUUGUCAUAGUGCUCACAUGUUAGUUUUUGUAAGUUUUAUAGUUGGAGUAUUCUUGUUUCAUGAUCUUGUGUUAACUUAAUAGAGUUUAAACUCUAUCUGUUCUGAUAAAAUUUAUCUCUGUGCUUUGAAGGAUUACCAUAUCUGUUAUUGUAAGCUGCUCCAACAAUACUUUUUGUUUCAAGCAGUUUGUUAAUACUAGAAGUAGUAUUAAGGUUCUUCUUUCUUACCAGAAAAGCAGAUUUUGUCUCAAUAAUUGCUUUUUUGAAGGCCUUAUAAUUCUAUUAUAGAAGAUUCUUGUUUUGAAAAUUGAUACGUUUUU